CAAGCUGGAUACGUAUUACUGUACGGAAACAGGCUGCACCGUGGUUUGAAGGACCUGCUUGAGUGUUUAGCGUUUGGCCUCUCAGACUGCAGCGUUUUUCAUUGCCGCCUGGGGGACAGAGAGCCCCGUCUUCCUUGCCCCCUUCCUAAUGCUCCAUCGCCUCAACCCCCGCACAAUGUCCCAACUCCGACUCGGUCUCCGCGGCUUUCCACGCCAUCCGGCAUUCUCCGCCGCCGGUGGUGGCGCCGGUGCCCUAAUUCUUGGCCACUCUCCCUUCCUACGGACGCUGUCGACGGGCCCAACUGGCGAUGCCGGUGAUGGAACGGUGGGGAUGGUGACGUCGCUGGUGCAGAGCUUUGCGGCGAAAGUGGGGAUUGAGGGCAACCAGUUUGCUACUGGAGGAUUGACGCUGGCGGUCGUUGGAGCGGCUGUUGGGAGCUUUAGCGUGCUGUGGCGUUACUUCCUGGAGUUUCUGCAAAAGCAGUUGAUUGUCAGCGCGGAAUUUGAGAGCAGGGAUGAGGCUUACAGCUGGCUGAUGUCCUACCUUGCCGACCAUCCCAUGUCGAAGAGAACGACACGAUUCAGCGUCACGACAUCCAUCCGCCCGGGACAGAAAACGGAAGCGGACGAGGCUGACGCCAACGUCGGCCUGCCACGUGUCUACUUCCUUCCCUCACCAGGAACCCACAUCUUCACCUUCCAAAACCGCCUCCUCUGGCUCUCCCGCGAGCGCCCAAAAUCCGGUCCCGCCAGCACCACCUCCUCCCCUCUCCCUGAACGCCUCACCAUUAACUCCCUAGGCCGCAACCGCGCCAUCCUCGAAUCCCUCGUGCACGAAGCCCGCCGGCUCUGGGUCGAGAAGGACCGUUGCAGGACCGUGAUCUACUCCGCGGAUCAGUACGGCAGCUGGCGCCGGAUCAGGUCUCGCCCGAUCCGACCCUUGAGCACGAUUGUGCUGGAUGAGGGCGUCAAAGAGGGCGUUGUGAGGGAUGUGAGGGAGUUUUUGGGGAGUGAGAAGUGGUAUGCGGAUAGGGGGAUCCCGUAUCGGAGGGGGUAUAUGUUUUAUGGAUCGCCUGGGACGGGGAAGACGAGUUUUGUUACUGGUGAGGGACGCCUUGUCGGGUUUUCGCUCCGGCUUGAUAUGCAGGGAGAUAUUGAUUUCGAACUCUUUUCUUCAGCCCUUGCGGGAGAGCUCAAGCUCAAUAUCUACGUAAUUAGCCUAGCCAAUCGCGGACUAACCGAUGAGACCCUAACAGAACUAAUGGUCGACACGCCCCCCCGCUGCAUCCUCCUCCUCGAAGACAUCGACGCCGCCUUCAUCUCCCGCACGCCCUCCCUCUCCCCCUCCCCCACGCCAACCCCAACAACAACACCAACAAACGUAACCUUCUCCGGCCUCCUCAACGCCAUCGAUGGCGUAGCCGCCCAGGAAGGCCGAUUAUUGUGCAUGACCACCAACCACCUCGAGAAACUGGACCCGGCUCUGAUCAGACCUGGACGGGUGGAUGUGAGGGUGUGGCUGGAUCUGGCGACGCGGUUUCAGAUCAGGGAGUUGUUUGUGCAGUUUUUUCCGCAUGUGGUUGGGAAAGAGGGUGAGGGAGUUUGUGAUAGUGAGGGGGAUGUGGUAGAUACAAAGACGUUGAGGAGGUUAGCGGAGGAGUUUGCUGACGCGGUGCCUGAACGGACGUUGAGUAUUGCGCAGGUGCAGGGGUUUUUGAUGCGGUGGAAGAAGCGGCCGGUUGAGGCGGUUAGGCAUUCGGGGGAGUUGGUUGGGGGGAGGGGGAGUGAGGGGCAGGGGCAGGGGCAGGAGAAGGAGGGAGAGUAG